UAGACAAAAGUUACCAUUUGGGAAUUGAGUUUUCUUCGUAACACCUCAAAGCCUUUACAAUACAAACAAAUCAAAACCCACUAGAUAACAACACCCUACGAAUUUCUCUCAUUCUUAGGUUCAAUUCCUGUAGGAAGAUGAGCCUGAACUGCCUCACUUGCCACACCCUGCAAAGAUCAGACUCGGACAUAGACAUAGUAAGCUUUAACGAUUCAAACAUUAAAGGAAAAAACGUAACGUCAGGAUAUGAAAAGAUGGUAAGGAACCGAACAAUGUUGCCAGCGGUGAGACGGGUCAAAAUGGGACAUCGUAGGCUCUACAGCGCAGACGCCGUGGUCUAUAGGGAUCUUGACGAGCCAAAGCUGGCAAGAAGCAGUGGGCUUAGAAGGGAUUGGAGCUUUGAGGAUCUAAAGAAACAAAGAGAUGAGAUAAAAAUUGGGGAGACAAUAAAGGAAUAAGUAGAUUAUCUCCUUUGUUUCUUCUCAUGUUCUUGUUGUUGUUAACUUAAUUGUACGUUCCUUUCAAACUGUAAGGAUAACCCACCGCCCAAUGUCAAGGUUCAUAUAUGUACAUUCAUUUUCCUAACGAAUAUUCUA